AUGUGUUUUUUUAUGGGGGGUAAAUUCACAGUAUGCCCACCUCUUCAGACACUACUACACUGCUUCUGGAGUAAAUUCAUGCUAAAAUAACAACAUAUCUAAAGGUGACAUUUCUUAUUUCUUCUAAUUGUGUGUAAUUGUUCUUAAUAAGUAAUUAAAAAAAUAGUUUAAAACUAUAGUUUACUUCAGUAAUAUCAUUGUAGUAACCAUGGUUAAUUGUGUGGUAACUAUAGUUUAAAUAAAUCCCAUGGUUAAACUAUAGUUACUGUAGUGAAAUUAUGGUUAAUUUUUGUAAGGGUAAACAAAACAGAAGUCUAAUAAUUUUCUGUUUAUGCUCACAAAUGUAAAAAAAAAUAAAAUUAAAUUAAUGACUUGAUUUAUGACAUAUUAUAUUUGAAAUUACCCAUUUUAUCCAAAGAAAUCGAAAAUAAAUAAAUAAAUAAAUAAAAUAAAAUAAGUAUUUAAUAGAAGUAUCGUAUUGGUAUCGGUAUCAACGAUAUUGGACUUGAAAUUACUGGUAUCGGAUCAAAAAGAAAAUAAGUAGUAUCGCCCAUCCCUAUCAAGCAGUCAAAAGUAGUGAGAUUAUGUAUGUCAAGCUUUGGGCCCAUUUCAAGAACCACCAAAUUAAAUGUAAGCAGUAUAUAGAUGCUACUUUAUCUUUGCAACAUGUUUCCCAUAAGCAUCAUAACUAGCAUAAGAAGUUGACACCAUUGUAAUGAGCCCCACACCACUGGGAAGACUGUGAAACAGGUCUUUUCCCCUUUCCUUCUCUUUGCUACAUAUAUAUAUGCAAGGAAGUUCCACCCACAAAGAGAGAGAUUUUUUCUCCUUACAGGCCAUUUUCAGUCAAACUCAGGUGCAUUGAGUGGGUUUUGACAUUAAGAUUGCAUUAUUUUGCUUCUAAAUGGUAAAAGAGGUGCAUAGGAUUCUUUUAAGGUGUUGACAUGGGUACUGUGCAGAGCUGUUGGAUGCUGUUAUGGUUUUGCAUUUCUGCUUUACACACUACACUCUCAUUUAUCGUGACUCAAUCACCAGCGCUCACAUAUGUCUCCGUGGGCCAUAGCAUUGAAUUAAGAUGUGUAUUUGACCAGACAGUUAUGUACUGCUAUUCCUUAGUUUCUUGGUACAAAGUGAAUCCAAGGACUGGUGAACUCACACUCUUGAGGUUUCAGUCAAAUAUCUCUAUGUACAAUGAUAAAACUUGCAUUUUAACUAUUAAAGAGGCAACUCUGAAAGAUUCGGGCUUGUACUAUUGCAUUAGCCAACAAAAUUCAUUGACCAUCAUCGGCAAUGGAACCAAUGUGAUCGUUACAGAUCGUCCUACACCUAAAUUAUCCAUCCUAUACUCACCACAAGAAACCGUCAUAUCACCCGUCCCACUGCAGUGUGUUGUGACCGGAGUUGUCCCAUCUCAGGUCCGGGUGUUCUGGAUGAUUGGUCAGAAAGAGCACACAGGAUGGACCGAGUCAGCCUGGACAAACGCCACUGAUUCAGCCACAGAAUUCACACGUGCUCAUCUUUCUGUUCCUGCUGAAGAGUGGACUAGAGAUGAUGAAAUUCAGUGCAUUGUUAAAUAUAAUAGCGAGAACUUCUCCAAAACUCUGAUGAGAUGGGAAUCUGAACAGAUAUGCUCCUGGCUUAUGUACGGCGGCUGUGGGGCAGUAUUCCUUACCAUGGUUGUAACUGCCAUUAUCUCUGUGUGUUUGUACCGAGAGAUGCGUGCGACAAAGACGUCCAAAGGGCUCACAAGAAAAGAUGCUCACCACAAAAUUCUGAACUAUGAUAAACAGAGCACACCGAGAGAAGACAGUUCGUCUGUCAUGUAUUCCUCUGUGGAGCCAUGCAUCAGCGUGGAAAAGCAUGCAAAUCCAUCAAAAGAGUGAUGGUAAAACAGAAUUAUGUACAUUAUAUAUCAAUAAUUAAAUGAAUUAUGUGAAACAGCAAAUGGUAACCCUUGUAAGGACAUCUUUCACGUGUUCUUGAGAUGCUCUUUGCUCUUUUUCAGGGUGUCAGUGCAUGGAAAAGUUAGAGCAUGCCACAAAUGAUUAAAAUCAAAAUUAAGAAAUAAAACACAAUAUAUUCCUAUACAUACAUGUAAUAAUAGUUUUAUAUUACAAUGAGAUAACUUUUUCAUGUUUUUAGGGUGUUCAUUCUCAUGAAUAUUUAUUAGUCAAUGUUUUCCUGUUUGUAUCUCUAUUUAUUUCAUGUCCAAUUUUGAUAUUAAUUAAUUUCCUAAUUUUGGGGUUAUUACUGCCACUCUGUAGGCCAUCACAUACUUUUCAAAUCGUUUUCCAGAGUUGUUUAUUUGCCUGUGUGUCGAUUUAUAUAAAUGGUCGUGGGAAAUGUUUGACAUGUCUUCUGUUGGUCCCAAGUCAUGGCAUUUGUAGCUUAUCAAUAGCAUGUUGUCAGAUCAAAGAUACAAAUUAUAAAUACCUGCUUUAGUUUAAUUAUAAAUGAAGUCAUGAUAAUGAGGAGAGCAGCAGCAAAAUUCUUGUUAGACAAAAUGUUAUAAUUUAACCUACCUUAGGUACAGUAUGUGCUAUACAAAUCUUGUUCUUGACCACACACACAUAUGGAACUAAGUACAAAAUAGAAAAAGAGAACAUUAAAGGGAUGCCACA